UAAUUUUACUUAUUCAUUUGAGUUGUCUUCACUCGUCAAUCAUCACGCGAAGGCCGAAAAGGCGAAACUGUAUAGGGUAUUAGGGUUUGUUCAUUUGAGUUGUCUUUUCUUCUCUCCAGUCUCCAGCCUUCGCCGCGCCUUUCACAGUCACAGCUCCAGUGUUCCACGCCUCCACCGCGUUGGGUUAAAGAGAACUGAGAACAUGACAAAUCUAGAGAACAUGCCAACAUUGGGGUCUUCCCAUCAACAAUCUGUUUCAAGCUCUCCUACUGCAAUUUCAAUAUCUGGUGCUACACAGAGCAAUCCGAGUAAUCCUAUUGCUAUUGAUGAUGAUCAACAAAAGACUGCAGAAGGUGGCCUGUUUGAGACGAAGAAAAGGAAAAAAACAUCUGCAGUUUGGUUGGAGUUCAAGGAUGUAAUGGGGAAAGAUGGAGUGAAGAGAGCAGAGUGCAUUCAUUGCAAGGCAAGGCUGGUUAUUAGUGGAGGCACUACCACUCAUUUCAAGAGGCAUCUAGAUGGAUGUACAAGACGGAAAGUAAAUUUGAAAUCACAGAAGAUGCUGAACUUGAUUCCAUCUCCAGUGAACAAGGAAGUAGGUAUUGUUUCUAAUUUUCAAUAUGAUCAAGGAAAAAUGAGAGAAUCAAUUGCACAUUUUAUUCUCAUGCAUGAGCAUCCUUUCACAAUUGUGGGGCAAGAGGGUUUUAAUUUAAUGAUGAAAACUAGCACCCCACAUUUUCAGGGCAUUAGUCGUGCUACUGCUAAAAAUGAUUGUAUGGCUGUGUAUGAGAUGAUGAAAAUUAAGUUGAAGGCAACGUUGAAGAAUGUGAACAAAAUUAGCUUGACUACUGAUCGUUGGAGAUCAAAUCAACAAAUAGAGUAUAUGGUGGUUACUGGGCAUUUUGUUGAUGUCGAUUGGAAAUCUGCAUGGGGUAAAGGAGAAAGCAUCUAAAACUGAAGACAUGCCUCAAGAGGUUGUGUUGCCUAUUUGAUGGAGGAAUGAAAAGUUUCAUUUUGCAUUUGAUGGUCAAUUGGUGUUUUUUUGGACUUUUUAUUUUUAUUUUUAUGAAUGUAUCAUGUAUGAAUGAUUAAUUUGGUGAACUCUGGUUUGUAAAACUAUUAAUGAUUAUGUUUAAACUUGA